AUGCCAACACACCCCUUAGCCUUCCUUCACCUAUCCGGUACCAUAUAUCUGGCGCUGUCACUCUUCUCGUUGCCUCGAAGACUCUGGGAAUCUCAGUAUCCAAGACAAGUUCAGCUUAUCACUAUACUCUUGCACGAACUAGAUAAUGUCAAUCAAAAUGUCCAAGCCCCCAGGGUUGCCAAGCAACUCCAAGUGGGAUUUCCUCUUCGAACAGUAAGUCCAGUCCUUCUCAUUCCUAAGUAUGAGCCUCAACUAACCACUAACCUCAACAGGAACAAGAUCUCAACCCCACGGAUUAUCGACCUUGUCGGAGACUACGCUGGGGACGAGCUCUUCAUCUUGGAAGGUGACUCGCUCCUGCGUCGCUCCUUCUCCGACAGCCAGCUGGACUUUGACCCUGGAUUCCAGCUGCUUCAUGCCACCUACAUUGUAGAAAGGUUCCUCGCUCAACUCCACCAACGAAAAUGUCAUUUCCAUGUCGUUUUCUUCUCAGCCCAUUCGGAAGCAUGCAUUCCACCACACACCAGCUCCGGAAACCGAUCGAAGUAUCGCGUGGCUCGUGAAACCAUAAUUCAGCACCUGGCUCGGCACAUGCCAAAAGCCAUUCCAUCCAUACAGAUUCGUCGCUUUGAGAUGUAUGACUGCAAGGAGUUUUACGAUUACCUUGUCGCAUCCCGUGCGUACUUCAUCAUGUGCCAUGAUGGCGAAGUUUCGAAGCACAACCAAUCUCCGGUUAAAGGACCUGAAAGUUCUGAAGACCUCUAUGUGUCUGAUGAGCAGGAUGACGAUUCUGUGUGGGAGGACGACGAGAUACCUCAUGUUACACGACCGGAAACCGGGGUCAAGGGGAACAAUGCCGCCGCGGCCAGUGCUGCCCAGUUUCGAAGCUUCCAGAAGACUUACCUAAAGGUCCCUACCACGGAGUUGACUCAGCGUGAAUGGGUUUCAAUCCUCACUCUGAGUGCUGCAUGGGACUCGGGCCACCAAAGUGGGCAGGACACAGACGCAAUGCAUGCUUUAUUACUGCAUGCAGUCAUUCUGCGCGACUGCCAUCUCUGCGAUCGCCCUUGUCGUUCCGACAUUCCUCUCCCUGUGUCGAUAGCUUAUCUGGAAUUGUACAAUGACCUCGCGCUCACCAUUCUGCAAUCUCCCUUGUGGCAAGAAGUCUUCUCGAAUGAGGAGAUUGUGUGUGAUUUGGCAGAUAUGAUUGACGGGAGAAUCCUUUCUGCGAUCUUAAAUAGGAGCCGAGAAUCAACAAUGGCAAUGUUGAACAACCACGGGGUAACGAAGAGAUAUAACUUGCUCGUAUCAGUACUCAACGGCAUCUGUCAAGCAGAGAUAUUGGUUUACAUUUCCCCAGGAAACAGUGUCGUUGCAAAAUACUGCCAGGACCAGGACCACAAGCAAAGCGCAGCACAUUCGGAUUCCAAAGACUCCUCAAGUAUGUCAGGCUCUGUCAUGACUUUCAGUAACCCUGUUUUUGAUAGACAUCUGAGCCCCAUCUCCCUGAAGAUUCUAUCUUCUGCUGCUGCGAACUCAAGUUUCUCAAUGUCUAUACCCUUUGAAGAACGAAAACAUUGGCAUUCUCAGCGGGACUUGGACCCAAAGCGACCUGCCCCAAUGUCGUGGAGGGAGCAGCGUCGUGAUCAACGCUUUAUGAGGGAUAUAACGCAGUAUGCCAUUAGUCUCACAAAUGCGACCGGUGGGAUUCUGCAACGUGAGAGCGUUGUGCUCAAAUCUAAGAAUGAAGCGAAACCGAAACCUGCAAACAACCACGGGAAGACUGAUCGCCCAACAGCACUUCAUCCAUCAGCUCAGCUGUCAGAAAAGCAAGAGAAACUUCUUGAAAGGCAAGCAGAGAAGUGGCAGACACAGCGCAGGAUCCUUGACAAGGAGCCAAGUCAUGACAAGCGAUAUGUGAAGGCGAAAGCCUAUCUUGAGGACUUAUCGGAAGAGAAGAGAGGUCUUGUUGAAGCUGAAGUACUAACGUACUUGAUCAGCACUUUGAUUCGUCUCUGGCGCGAGCGAUGCUCUGGCGGUGAGAAAGCUCAAGCUAUGGCGGUAGUGGCCCUCAUAUGGCACAAUAUACUCCAAAUUGCCAAGGCGCAAGUGGGUAUCACACAAGACAUUGCUCGUUGCAUGCUGAACACUUCAACGGCUUUGGGGCUUCCAAAUGUCAAGCUAACACCUCACGACAAUCGCCCUCUCUCAUUUGAAUUUGCAUUGCGAGGAGUCAAAAGUGAGAACUUACGCACAGGCCUGUCACCCCGCGAGUUUCAGCUUUUACACGCAGGACCGUUCCUCGACCGCAACAUGGAUUCAGCACCGGAUUCCAGGGUAAGGGGAUUUGAACCUGAUCGAUGGCAAAGAGACAUCCUGGAUCAGAUAGACGCCCGAGCAAGUCUUUUUGUGGUUGCUCCCACAAGUGCAGGGAAAACGUUCAUAUCAUUCUACGCGAUCAAGCAGAUUCUCCAAAACAGCGAUGACGAUGUCCUCGUAUAUGUGGCACCUACAAAAGCCCUUGUCAAUCAAGUCGCCGCUGAGAUUGAGGCUCGGUUCACCAAGAACUACAAACACGCUGGGAAGUCUGUUUGGGCCAUUCAUACUCGUGAUACUCGGAUCAACAACCCGACAAAAUGCCAAGUACUUAUCACUGUACCCCACAUUCUACAGAUCAUGCUACUCGCACCAGGACAUGCAAACUCAUGGUCCUCGCGGGUGAAGCGGAUCAUUUUCGACGAGGUGCAUUGUAUAGGUCAAGCCGACGACGGCGUGGUCUGGGAACAAUUACUUCUCCUUGCACAAUGUCCAAUAAUUGCGCUCUCAGCUACCGUUGGGAAUCCGGAGGAGUUUAGUAGUUGGUUGAGCAUGACUCAAAGGGCCAAUGGUCUUGACUUGAAAACGGUCGAGCACAAGACUCGCUGGUCGGACUUGAGGAAGUACACUUAUCAUCCACCAAGCAAGUUUCAUUUCGAUGGCUUUUCGAAACCCAUCAAUAGCAGGUCGCUUGGUCUUGACGACUGUCCCGCUAUGGCUUUUAUUCAUCCAGUUACGGGUCUCGUUGACCGCUCCAGGGGUAUUCCGGAAGAUCUUUCUCUUGAGCCGCGCGACUGCUUGACGCUCUGGCAAGCCAUGGACAAGCAUCAAACAAAUAAUUUUCCUCUUGACCCCUCGCUCUCUCCCUCAGCCAUGCUGCCAGAACUUAUGACCAAAGCCGACGUUUCCUCUUUUGAGGCUAAACUAAAAACCGUUCUUGGAACAUGGAUGGCCGACUAUGACUCGCCGUUCGACACUGUGGUAAAAGAGCUAUCAGAAAGUGCUCGAAGCAAAAACACAGCCAUCAGCCAGUGCUCCUCAUUUGCAGACCGUGGUAUAUCGACAUCCGUUGGCUGGGACGGCCUGCUAGAGACAACACUACCGCUCAUAUGCGCCCUUUCUGAGCAAGACGCUCUUCCAGCACUCUUUUUCAAUUAUGACCGGGGUUGGUGCGAGAAGAUCUGCAUGCAUGUUCUUAUCCAAUUGCAAGAAGCUGAAGAAGCGUGGAAAGGCUCCAGUAGAGACUGGGCCAAGAAGCUGGCUGGCUGGGAAAACUGGAAAAGAUCUAGCUCAAAGCGUGCGACAAGAGCCACAAGUGUCAAUACGAUGAAUAUGUCACGAGCAGAACAAACGCGAGAAGCGGCCUCUGAGGAACCGAAUCGAUAUGCGUCAUUUGACCCACAUGCGCCGGUUCCCAUGUUCUCUCUCGCCGAUGAAAAGAAGUUAUCUAGAUCGGCCUUCGCGGAAUAUGCCACAGAGUUGAAGCGCUUCGGUGUACCCCAUAACUUCAUUGACGCUUUGAGACGUGGGAUAGGAAUUCACCAUGCCGGCAUGAAUCGCGCGUACCGCAAGGUGUGUGAAAUACUGUUCAGGAAGGGGUACCUGCGCGUGGUUAUAGCGACUGGAACUUUGGCGUUAGGCGUCAACAUGCCAUGCAAGACAGUCGUAUUUUCAGGGGAUUCUGUCUUUCUCACAGCUCUUAACUUCCGACAAUCUGCUGGACGAGCGGGCCGGCGAGGGUUUGAUUACUUAGGUAAUGUUGUCUUUCAGGCUAUCCCUGACCUAAAGAUACGUCGCCUCAUGAGCUCGAAGCUUCCUGGCCUUAAUGGGCACUUUCCCAUUACCACCAGCUUGGUCCUGCGCCUGUGCAUCCUACUCCACGAGUCGGGGCAGGCUCCAUUCGCGAAAAAUGCCAUAGAUUCCAUUCUCUCCAGCCCACGAAUCUACCUUGGCGGUCCAGAGUCGAAACACACGGUGCUUCAUCAUCUACGUUUCUCGAUCGAAUACUUGCGACGCAAUCACCUUCUCGAUGGGACCGGUGCUCCACUUAAUUUUGCUGGCGCAAUCUCGCAUCUCUACUACACGGAAAACUCCAGUUUCGCUCUCCACGCUCUGCUCAAAGCAGGCUACUUCCACAAACUAAGCAAUCACAUCGAUGAAAAUCCGGGCCGAACCCUCCGCACCUUGAUGGUGGUCAUGGCACACCUUUUUGGCCGGCAACCCCUUCAUACCUCCGUGCUUGAGCGUCACUACCAACGCCAUAAACAAUCUACCUCCACCGUCGUCCUACCUUCUCUCCCCCGAAACGCCGCGCGGAUUCUCUGUGGACACAAUCGCGAAACUCUGGACAUUUACUCCACCUACGUCGCGACCUUCGUGGACCAACACCUCCAUGAACCAGAUAAUCGGCUCCCCUUAACCCAAUUGAGACAAGGCGGCGGCACUCCAAUUUCUGAGAUUACCAGAGACACCAUCCUCGCGCAACGGGCAGCACAGACUCCCACCCAAGCCAUGAUCACAUCGCCCUUUGUUGCGCUUUCCAAUCCGGACCCCGCAAAAAACAUUGCAGACCUCUGCAAGGCCGUGCGCCAGGGUGUCUGGCUAGAACAAUCGGUCAUCCCUCACGUACCAGUUGAGUCCGAUGGAGAGGCUAUCCUUAAGAACGCAUACCUCUAUGACUUCUUCAAGCAUGGGAACAAAAGGGCCCUGGAGACAGAGAACAUGAUCCGGAGGGGCGACUUGUGGUUUCGUCUGAAUGAUUUCUCCUUGGUAUUGGCGACGAUCGUGGCGAGUCUGGGAAGUUUCCUCGAGAUCCAUGCGCAGUCAGCAAUGGGAGAAGUACCAGGUCUGGAAGUGAUGGGAUGUGGAGAUUUACAAGAAGAAGAGGGGGGCGAUGAUACCGCUGAUGCGGAUGGGGCGCCGCUGCCUGCGAUGGCGAAGGAUUCUAUUGGGGAGAUGAAGUCAGCUAGGAGGAAAUUCACAUCUACAUCUUCUGGACCUAGUGUGGAGGACGAAGUACCGGACAGCUGGGAGGAUGCGAUCCAGGACGGUGAUGAUAUUAAGGAGGGUGCCGGUCCCGCCACUGCCCCCGAGACCUUCUUCAGCGAAUACAAUCAGAAUGCCCAGGACCAAAGAACCAAACAGGCGGUGGCCGCUUUCAAGAGAAACGAACUACUCCGGGUUCUCAGGAUGUUCCAGACGCUGAAGACGGAAUUCGAUGAUAAGUUCCGGAAGAUGUGGGCUUGA